UAAAUUCACUUCCGGUUAUAGUAAAAUGGUGGAGGCAGGGAGUAAAGAAGAAGACCAUGUCUAAUACACAGACCAGCUCUCAGGGUGAAGUUCCCUCUCCUAGAAGGAUCUUGGCAACUAGCACCCCUGCACCAGCAUCCACUACACACAACAAACCAGAUGUAUCACAGCUGUUCCAGAAGCUCGGGGACAAGUUAGGAUGGUUCCAGUACAACAACAUUGAUGCAGCUAUAGAAACAUUAUCCAAGAGUGCUAAAAAGAAAUCUACCAGAUCACGUAGAGAUAAAGCCAUCCAUAAGGAACCAGAUGACAUACAUACAUUACAGGAUGCUGAGUGUAAACCCAGAAGAAAGCAUCAGAAGGGAAGGAUUCGACAGAAACAUGACAAUGAAUGCCAAAGUUCAGAGGAAUGUAAAGAAAACAAGAAACCAGCAGGAAAAAAGGCCAGUGUCAGAUCCCAAUCAUCUCGUGGAUCAGGGGAGGUUUCCAUGGAUGAUGAUGUACAGGGUGUACCUGUGAGGAAAAGUGCUGCAUGUACUGAUCUGAAAAGGUCUCAAACAACCCAAAAUGAUAGGAAGAAACGCAAACAAAAAACUAAAAACACUGUCAGUACUUCAGAGUCACCGCAAAUACCCACAAGAGGACAUGACAUUCGUCUUUCAAGUGUUCGAUCAUCUUCAGAAAGCCCAGAAUACUUGGGAGAUUAUGUAACAGAAUCUACAAGAAUUCAUAGCGAUGCUAGUCUUGAAUGUGUGUUAGAUUCAGCUGAUGUGUCCGCAAUUUCAUUCCAUCGACAUGACAGUUUAUCUGGUAGCACAUGCAUGGAUAGUUUUCAGUAUAACUCAAACGAAGACUCCUACAAACUGUUGAAUAUAAAAUGUAAUAGAUCAAGGCAAAAGGUUUCCAACAGCACAGAAACAUCUCCUACCAAUGUUUGUCUGAAUUUGCAGUCUUUGAGAUUAGAUGAUUCAAAGCAUGUUGAUGUCAAGGGAAAUAACUCUUCAAAAACUGUUAAUAAUUCUGGCCUUUACACAACUGCUCCAGAUCCUUGUAAUAUAGAAGACAGUGUGGAAGUGAUUGAAUCUUCAUGUAAGUCUGAGAAAGACAUGACGGAGACCUCCUCAGGCUCAAGUUAUGAAGUAGAAGAUGUGUCUGUACAAGUACAACCGGUUUCUGAAGAGGAAACAGGGUAUGGUCGUCACAAACUUUCCAGCACAAGCUCGGGAAGUGGAUCAUCUUAUGAGGUUGAAGAUGUAUCUGUACAAGUAGAUCCAAUUGCUGAACAGUCUCACAUCAUUAGAAGUACAUCUCCUUGUGUUAUGUCAAAGAAAGAUGGACAUUUAAAAUCAGAUUCGUCUACUGAAAAAAUUGAAGAGGAUUCCUUUGUUGAGGUGGAAGAUGUAUCCAUGCAGACCAGCUUUCAAAUCCCUCCUGAGUCCCAACCAACAUGUAAAACAGAGGAUUCAUGCAAUGAUGCUGAUUCCAAGUCGGAGUCAUUCUGUGAUGUAAUGGAAGACCAUUCACCACAGAAACAGGUAGAGAAUGAAAAGGAAGAGGUUCCGGAGGACUUACACAAUAUCAGUCUUCCUGACUUUGAAUUUAAUGUCAAGCCAAAUGCCAUAUUCCACAAAAGGGAGCCCAGUAUUUAUUUUGAUGCGAGUGAUAUAUCACGGCAACCAAUGAAGUUUAAUAGAAGAGACCCAAGUGUUUAUUUUGAUGCAAAGCAAUCCCUACUGAGUAGUUCACGGUCAUCAAACUCCAGUUGUGAGCAAACUCAAAGUCCAAAAGACUCAGUUGAACCAAGAGCAAAGGGAGAUAAUUUAAAAGGUGAUGAAGAAAUACCAACUUGUGUUAUUUCUCUCAGCGACACUGAUUCAGACCAUGAUCAAGAGAAAAAAUCAUCAAAACUUUUCCAAAAGAAACACCAUCAAUUACACAGUUUUUCAUCUGAUUCUGAAGAUGACCUUAAGUCUAAAUAUUUUCCUACAAAGAAAACAAAAGUAAAAUCCCAAAGAAAGUAUUCCUCAUCCACUGACUCCUCCAGCGAUUCUGGAAUCAAAUCACAUCUAAGUAAAAUAAGUCACCAUAACCGUCUCCCUAGAUCUGUUAAUACCUGCACAGGUAAGGGUUCUAACAGACAGAGGUAUUCUACCGAGCAGUUGGACAAUUCACUACCUGAUCCGGGCAGUGACCAGAAGGUCUCAGGACACUUAUCAAACAAACAUUGGAGAACUAAACAGACAGUUGUUGAAGUGGAUUCCUCGAGUGAUGACGAGGCACUAGAAACCUUUUUUCAGAAAAUGAAAGGAUCCAAGAAACAGCUGAGCAGUGAAGAGGAGGAGGAAAGAAGUGAAAGAAUGAGCAUGAAGGAGUUCAUUGUGGACGACUCUGAUGUCAGUGAGGACGAGGCUGAUGUCAGUGAGGACGAGGCUGAUGUCAGUGAGGACGAGGCUGAUGUCAGUGAGGAUGAUGUGUUUUAUAUAAGUACUGCCUACAAGACAUCAUUCCACAGCACAGAAGACCAAAAGAAAAUUUCACCAGUAGUUUUCCGCAACAGCAGUUCCGAAGAUGAAGAUUUCAAAACCCCCAAAGUUUCGACUAAAAGCAGUGCAGAUCAUGAUUUUAAAACCCCUAUAAGUACAAAAAAAAAGUCCCGGAAGCUACAAACACCAGGUACAGAUAUUUGGGGUAUGAAGGAAGACAGUUACUUGUACCCAUCAAAUACUAAGUACAGCUUCCUCAAGUCCCUCACAGAAAACCUUCCUGUGAACAAAUGUGACCCAGAGGCUAUCAGAUUCAUCAAAUCAUUUAAGAAAUCCAAGCUAGAACUUACUCAGCGUCUUUUUAAAAUGUACAAUGAAACAGUAUUUGAAAACAAGUUACCUGAUGACCUCGAGGUGAUCUGGAAUUGUCGCCUUUUGAGGACAGCUGGUUAUUGUGUGUAUAAGAAGGUGUCUGCAUCUGGAGGUGCUCGUAGUGUCCGCGUAGAGCUGUCAACCAAAGUCUGUGACUCGGCAGAGCGUGUACGAGACACGUUGAUACACGAGCUGUGUCAUGCUGCGGUGUGGUUAGUUAACGGGAAGACUGAUGGACACGGGCCGUACUGGAGGUAUUGGGCCAAAAAGUCAAACCAGACCCAUCCAGAAAUUCCUGUGAUUGGCCGUUGUCAUAGUUACAGUAUUAGCACCAAGUUUACCUACCAGUGCAGUCAGUGUGGAUACAGGAUCGGUCGCCAUUCCAAGUCACUGAAUACAGACACUAAAGUGUGUGGAUACUGUCACGGUCGGUUCACACUACUGAGUAACACUGGAGUGAGUGGUUCUACACCAGUGGGUGGAGGAUCUACACCUCGUACACCCAACAAGUUCGCUUUGUUUGUCAAGGACAACUAUGGUGACAUUAAGAAACGAGAGCAGAAUCUUAAACACAAAGACAUUAUGAAGAUCCUCAGUCAGGAAUUUGCAAAAAGCAAAAUCUCAGGAUGAAUUUUUUUUAAUUGAUUCUAUAAAACAUAAAUUUCAUGAACUUUCAGUUAUUCUGUGGACAAUUAGCAGAUUUAAAUUGUUUGUAUUUAUUGUUUUAAUCAUGUUGUGUUUUACUACAAAUGUAAGCCUGAUCUCAAUAAAAAACAGUCAUUUUA